AUGAAAUUUCUCGUCCAUUUUCAUCUGACCGCGUGGGGCGGUUGUGUAUUUCUUUCUUUCGGAUUUUCUUUCUUUCUUUGCUUUCUUUCUUUCUUUUCCGUCUCGUCUAUAAACAACGUAUACCCUCCUUUCUUUUCUUUCUUUCUUUCUUUCUUUCUUUUUCUUUCUUUCCGGUUUUCUUUCUUGGCAUAUCUCCCUUUUCCUUUCUUUAUUUCUUUCUUUCACCAUUCUGACUUACUUUCAUUUCUCUACCUCUCCUUUCUUUCUUCUUUCUUUCUUUUUUUCGUUGACAUCACUGUUUCAUUUUCUUUCUUUCUUACUAAAUCUUCUAUCUUAUCUCUUUAUUUCUUUCUUAUUUUCUUUCUUCUAAUAUUUUUUUCUGUUUUCAAUGAUCCUUAUACCAUAACGCUCCAACAUCCAUUCUUUCUUCCUCUUUCUUUCUUUGAAUGUUACUUUUUUUUCUCAGUUUCAGUGAUUUAUAAGCCAAUUUUCUUUCUUUCUUUCUUAGCAGAGAGUGGUUCUUUCUGUUCAUUUCAUUCCUUUCUUACCUGCAAUAAACCACGUAUUAAUUGGAUGCAUUAUGGCCGUAUAUAUUUCUUUCUUUCUUUCUUAUUGUUCCAUUGUGUUCUUUCUACCUGUGAACUUUCUUUCUUUCUUUCUUCCUUAUGUGUUCAUUUCAUAAAGGUAAUGCAUGAUUUACAAACCACGUAUAUCUUCUUUCUUUCUUUGUUGCAUAAAUAUUAUCUUUGUUUUCAAAAUUUCUGUUUCCUUUUUAUUUCUUUCUUCUUGAAAUCUUUCUCUUCAUUUGGACAAAGUUUUAUUACCUACGCAAUAAACCACGUGAACAAAAUAUCUUUCUUUUUAAUAUUUGGUCUUUUCUUUCUUUCUUUCAAUGACCUUUCAUGCUCUUCGACCAUGUUCCGUUCCGUAUAUUAUCUCCUUUUCUUUCUUUCUUUCUUUCUUUUUUUUUAUAUAUUCUUUCUUAUAUAUAUGUUUCAUUUGAUUUUUAUAACAUACUUGUUUCAUUUCAUUUCUUUCUUACCUAUAUCUAAUAAACUUUGUAUCUUCACUCUUUUUUCUUUCUUUGUUUUUCUUUCUUUUCUUUCCGUUCUUUCUUUCUUUUCUUUCUUUAUUUAUCUAUAUUUAUAUAUAUUUCUUACCUACAUAAUAAAGUGUGCAGACAGACCCAAAUUUUUUUUUCUUUCUUUUUUCUUCUUUCUUUCUUUAAGCAAUUAUAUCUGCUUUUCUUUUCUUUCUUUUUUUCUUUCUUUCUUUUCUUUCUUUAAAUUCUUUCUUUCUUUUCUGUUUCAUUUUUCAUUCUUUCAAUACAUAAUGCUGAAUUUUAAAUUUUUUUUUUUUAUUUCUCUUUCUUUUCUUUUUUUUCUUUUUUUUUCUUUUUUCUUUCUUUCUCCACGUAUAUCUCCUUUUCUUUCUUUUCUUUUCUUUUAUUUCUUUCUUUCUUUUUCUUUCUGUUCAUUUUCAUUUCUUUUCUUACCUACACCCGUAAACCACAUUAUAUCCACAUUUUCUUUCUUUCUUUCUUUCUUUCUUUCUUUCUUUCUGUUCAAUUUUGUUCAUUCUUUUCUUUCUAUUAAACCAAGUAUAUCUUUAAACUAUUCAUUCAUUUUUUUUUUUUUUUUUUUCUUUCUUUUUUUCAUCUUCUCUUUCUUUCUUCUUUCUUUCUUUCUUUCAUUUUUAUUUUGUUUUCAUCUUCUCUUUAAUCCAUUCAUUCUUCCUUUCUUUCUUCUUUUUCUUUCUUUUCUUCUUUCUUUCUUUUAUUUCUGUUUUAUCUUCACCAAUAAAAAUGUAUCUUCUUUCUUCCUUUCUUUCUUUUAUUUUUCUUUUUUCAUUUUUUUUAAUCCAUUCAUUCUUUUCUUUCUUUCUUUGUUUCCUUUCUUCUUUCAUUUCUUUCUUUCUUUGUUAAUUAAGGUCCAUAUAUCCUUCUUUCUUCAUUUCUUUCUUUCUUUCUUUUCUUUCCUUCUUUCGAAACAUCAUUUUUUGUUUCUUUUUUUAAAAUAUACGUUAUUCUUUUUCUUUCUUUCUUUCUUUUUUUCUUUCUUCUCGAAGGCCCUUUUUUUUCUUUCUUUCUUUUUCUUCCUUUCUUUUUCAUUUUCCCGUUUCUUCCUAUUUUCACGGGUCGGUACUGUUCAUUUAGCCCAGACUUUUUUUACGUUUUCGACUUUCUUUCAUUUUUCUUUCUUUUCUGAGGCAGAGCUUUUUUCUUUCCUUUCUGGAAGACCACAUGAUCUUAUUUCUUUUUUUCUUGUUUUCUUUCUUUCUAACCAUUUCUUUCCUUUUUCAUUCUUUCCUUUUCCCUUUUUGCUAUUUAUUCACACAAAUUUUCUCCGCAGAUUUUUUACCGAAUCUUUUUUUUGCUAUUUUUCUUAUCUUUUUUGCUAUUUUUUCUUUCUUUUUUUUUAUCUAAUAAACAGAUUUCCUUUCUUUUUUAGGCUAUUUUUCUUUUUUUGCCCUUUUCUUAUUCUUUUCCCUUUUUUUUCACAAUUUUUUACAGAAAUUUUUUCUUUUUAUUUCCUUUCUUUUUCAUUUUCAUUCUUUCUAAUACCCCGACUUUCUCUGCCAUUUCUUUUUUUUUGCCUUCUUUCUUUCAGCUUUUUUUUCUAUUUGUCCGUCUGCCUUUUUUUUCUGCUUUUCUUCCUUUCCUUUUUUUUUUUUCUUUCUCUGUUUUUCUUUAAUAAACCCAUUAUAUAUCUUUUUCCCUCUUUUCUUUCCUUUAUUUUUCUUUCUAUUUUCUUUUUUUCUAUUUAUAUUUUAUUUUUUUUCUAUCUAUAUAUAUAUAUAUUUCUUUCGUAUUUUCAUUUUCUUUCUUUUUUUUCUUUCUUUUUAAAAUUUUUUAUCUUCCUUUCAUUAAUGAAUAAUUCUUUAUAUCUAAGGUUCUUUCUCCUUCCACAAUUUAUAAUAUGGAAUCUUUUCUUUCUUUCAUUUUUUCUUUCUUUCUUACCUAGUUUAAAAACCAUUUUCCACAUUUCAUAUCUUCUUUCUGUCUCCUCAACUUAA